GGGGGCUAAUAAUUUGCACUUUUGGUUUAUUUUUCUCAUUUCAAAAGUUUUUUUUUUUUUUUUUGGUUGGGAAUGGAUUUGUUGGGAAUGUGUGGUUAUGGUUGUUUCUUUAGGCGCCAUUUUUUGAUACUGAAAGUGAAAAGCUAAAGCUUAGCAGCAAUGGCUGUUUCUAUGUUCAUUGCUGCCAACAGCACUUUGAAGUUCAACUUCUCCACUGUAACGAAGAUGGAUAAGGUGUCUAUUGAUUCCUUUCGUGGUUUCUCCAAGCCCCCGCGUUGUUUUCCGGUACAACAACAGGUUGAGGCAGGAAUCUUGUGUGAGCCUUGUGGUGGUACCGGAUGGCUGCUCUGUGAUUUUUGUAAAGGUCAGAAGACCAAUGUGAAAUCUGAGACUAACAAAAUUUACCGCCGGUGUCCAUCAUGUAGAGCUGUGGGGUACUUAUUGUGUUCAAAAUGCAAAGUUUUCAAAUGCGUUACCUUUCCUAAUGAUGAAGAUGGCGAGGUUCUCAGAUUUUGAACUUGCAAAUUCAUUUCAUUUGUUGUAUCCAAUAUUCAUCUUGACUAAUUAUCAUAGAUUAAAAAAAUCUAGUGACUUGCAAGUUCAUCACCACGAGUGAAAACGUAAUUUUUCCUGAUAUUUUUGUAAUCAAUGACAAGACAAAAGGAGAAAUAAAACAGUUCAGAAGUGCAAUUCUUUGA